AUGCCUGUUGUAGCUAUUGCAGGAGGUACUGGUAGUGUUGGCCGCUUUAUCGUUGAAGAGACCAUCGCAGAUGGCAAUUUUGAGGUCAUCAUCUUAGGCCGAAAGGCCAAUCUAUCGCUGGAGAGGGAGCUCGGAGCACGUAUUCUGCCCAUUGAUUACUCCAAUCCCGAUAGCAUCACAAGCUUGCUCGAGGAUAACCACGUCGACGUCGUGAUUGCCGCACUGAGUGGACAUACACCUCCCGAGCAGGAGAUUGGUCUUAUCCAAGCCGCUGCGAAGUCUAAAACCACGAAACGAUAUAUCCCCAGCGUCUGGGGAGUCAAGUAUCGUCCGGAGCAUUCCUGGUUCUUCAAUGCCGCAGCCAAGCUGUCCCUCUUUGAUGCACUGGAGGAGACCGACCUGGAAUGGACCGCAGUUGCAAAUGGCUUCUUUCUUGAUUAUUGGGGUGCCCCGAAUCUCAAGACUUACCUCGACCCCCUGACUAUAGUUCUUGACAUUCCUGCGAGAAAGGCCGCGAUCCCAGGCAACCCGAACCAGCCAGCGGUUUUCACAUACACGAGGGAUGUUGCCAAGUUUACAGCUAAGCUCUUGACGCUGGAGAAGUGGGAGCCAGUAUCGUAUAUUGUCGGCGACAGGCUUACGUGGAAUGAAUUUACACGCCUUGCUGAAGAGGUAACAGGCGACAAAUUUGAGAUCACCUACGACUCAGUUGAGUUGCUUAAAUCGGGAAGGGUCACGGAGCUUCCGGGUCACAUGCCUGUCUACCCCUUCUUCCCCAAAGGAAAGCUGCAAGCCAUGCUAGCCGAGCUUGGUGUCUUGUUUGACCAGGGCGUGUUGGAUUUCCAGCCGGAGAAGACUCUUAAUAGCCUUUUCCCAGACAUCAAAGUUAUGACAGCCCAAGACGCUUUGGAGAUUGCAUGCAAGAAAUAG